GGAACAUUGGAAGCUGCUGGGCAACUUGAAGACCACCGUGGAAGGCCUGGUGUCAAUCAACAAUCCCAACGUCUGGUCUAAAUAUGGCGGCUUGGAGCGGCUCUGCAGGGACAUGCACAGCAUCUUGUACCACGGACUUAUACCUGACAAGGUGUGCUUCAGACAGAAGGAUUACUGGCAGUUUGUGAAGGACAUCCGUUGGCUGAGCCCACUUGCCGCCCAUCACGUGGAGAAGUUCAUCCAUCUGCACGAGGACAGGCAGCGGGGCACGGAUGUUGUCAGCGACCGGGCCGUUGCUGAGCUGUGGCUCCAGCACAGCCUGCAGUUCCACUGCCUGUCAGCUCAGCUGAAGCCCCUCCUUGGGAACAAGCAGUGCAUCAGGAAAUUCUAUGCAGAUUCGGCUUUUCUGCUCAGUGACGCCCACGUCACAGUUAUGUUGCAGUGUCUGGAGGCCGUGGAACAGAACAAUCCUAGGCUGCUCGCCCAAAUAGACACAUCGAUGUUUGCGAGGAAAAGCGAGGCUUCCAUGCCUGUGAUCAAGAGCCAGAGCCUCACAGCUCUGCCUGGAUCCGUGUUCACCCCUCCGGCUGACUGCGUGACCCAUCGCUACUUUGGCUCCUUCUCAGGUCUUCACUCAACCUCUGCCAGCAUGCAAGCCAGGAGGCCGACAAGCACCUCGCUUUGCAGCAGUUCCAGCCAGCCUCAGGAAAAUGCCCCCUGUGCCUCAGCCCACUGGCAUCCAGAGGGGAGGUCCUCCCAACCCCCCGCCACCGCUCUUCCACACAUCAACGUCUCUUCCCCACGGGACUCUCUCCCCGCUGCCGGUGAGCCGAGUUCCGGCACGUCUGCCAACCAGAACGAUGACCCCUGGGCCGGCAGCCAGGAAGACACAGACGGCCCAGAGUACCUGGCCAUCGGGAACCUGGGCCGGCAGAACCGAGCCUGCAGCAGCCCCAGUGACUCCAGCGCGGCCAACACCGACAGCACCAGGAGCAGCACUUCCAAUCUCUUCUCCUCCAGCAGCUCUCAGAAGCGGGAGUCGGUUUCCUCCUUGGGGGAGCAGGGCGCGAGUGCGGGCAGCAGCCGGGAGGCUGUCCCCCUGCGGAGGUCCAGCUUCUCAGAAGGACAGACGACGGCCCACCAUGGGGGCCUCAAGCGGAGCCACGUGCGCUCCCACUCGGACACCAACGUGGCCUCCGGGAAAGCUCACGAGUCCCACGGCGAUAUCUCGCUGUUCAAAAGCAACCUGGCUUCUGGACAGGGCGGUGAAUUGAGUGGGCCCGGGUCAGUCUACGUGGAGUACGAUACUGGGCAAUAUCUGAGCUCCGGGGAAGGGAUGUUUCGAAGACCCUCGGAAGGGCAGUCGCUGAUUAGUUAUUUGUCAGAGCAAGAUUUCGGCAGCUGUGCGGACCUGGAAAAGGAGAACGCUCACUUCAGCAUCUCCGAAUCGCUGAUCGCCGCCAUCGAGCUGAUGAAAUGCAACAUGACGAACCGGCAGCUGGAAGAGGAGGAAGAGGACAGCGACAAGGAGAUCCAGGAGCUGAAGCAGAAGAUCCGCCUCCGGAGGCAGCAGAUCCGAACCCGCCAGCUCCACCCGGCCUACCAGGAGAUCAGCUCUGACAGUUUCAUGGCAACAGACAGCGGGUCCCAGUUCAGCUCCCGAGACUCAACACGUCUGUCAGACUCUGGCUCUGCAGAAGAGGUGGACGAGUAUGAGCUCAAAGAUGGUAACGAUGGAUCUAACCUGAUUCAAAUGUCCAAGAACGGCCUGUCAGUCUCAAUGGCUUCCUUGUUUUCAGGUAGUAACCUCAUUUCUGAGCGCGUGCGUGUGCGUGUUGGUCAGUCUAUGCGUCCUUUGGGUAGAUCCCACUUGGGAUAUCCCACCUGUUAGCUCAGUUAUCCCACCCUGUAGCACUCACUUGUUUCCAAACCUCCUUGCUUGCUUUUCCUUUAAUCACUGUCGCCGCAAAUAACCCCGUGGGGCUAAAAAUCUGAAAUGAUUUUUGCGAUGUGCCCUAACAACACUGCGAACGCAUGGGAGCAUGCACGGAACAGCGUGCCGUGACGUUAUUCGGCAGAGGUGCAGUACAAAGUAGAAGCUAGCUGGGGUGCUGUGUA